UACUGCAGUCUCUCUCUUCUCUAUGGAGUAACUUCCCUUCACUUAGGUUUUGAGGAACCCUAGCUAUGUUUGUUUGAUUGGAUGAUUGUAUGAUUACUCUGACUUGAUAAUCUUGAGUUCAUAUUCAAUCUAUGCAUGUUUUCAUGAUUCAAUUCUGCUUUAGUCAAGAUUAUUGAUUCUGCUUUGAUCCUAUGAGAGGGAAUACCUGAUUAGGUCAAUAGAGCACCAUAGAUUGAUAGUAGUGGAUCGAUUGCUUUAGUCGAGGGUUGAUUCACUGCUUUGUAUCGAUUGAGAACCUCUUUCGAUAGAGGGAGUCUAGUGCAGAACGCCUUGAUCAGUUGUUCUAGAGAAGGAUACGUCCCUCUAGGCAAUUGACUCAAGAGGGCCUUGUUCCUUUAGUCGAGACUCAAGGUCGAGUCAAGGAUUCUCCGCAUUGUGAAUGAAAGUGAAACAAGUUAGAAAUCAUCAAUCGUUAGUCUGGCUAGUAGCUAGGGGGAAUCAUACCUAAGUGAGUUCCCAACCUGUAAUUAGAUUAACUUUAACUGUAGUUUGCUAGAGUAGUUUUAGUUCUUUCAUCUUAAUAUGGUUUGCUAAAUAAUAAACUGAAGCUGAGUAAUAGUAACUCUAGAGACCCGUGGAUUCGAUAUUUAUCACUUGAGCCACUAUACUGCAGUCCCUUCCAUUGGUUACACUUGGCCAUUGUUAGGUGUUGUGUCAUAGCGAUCUUGGGCACAACCUGCUCCAGAUCACCCUUCUGCUACCAUACUAGAAGGGGAGGAGGAAGAAGAAGGCUACAAGAACAUUGUGGAACACACAGAAGUUGUCACGGAGAGCUCCCGUGAUGGUCAUGAUCAGGAAUGUCCUGUCGUAGCCGACCACGCCUUCCCACACCCCAAACUGAGCUUUGAAGAGGCGGGCAUGAGUGAGGAGAUGCAAGAAGAUCUCAUGAAAGAAAUUGCUUGGAAACUUGCUCUCCAAUCCGUGCUAGAAGAAGAAGAGCAAGAAAGGGUGCAGAAAGAAGUUGUGGAGGAUGACGAAAGUGAAGCAGGAGGAGUUCUUGAUCAUUUCCCAGGGGUGAUACCACACGAACAAGGAAGGGAGGUUGAAGAAGCAAUUGGCGUCCAGGCUGAGGACGAAGUUGAGGUGGAAGAGGCUUGCACCGGCCAUGAGUUACAUUUGAUAUCUCCACCAAACUUCGAGGAACUGCUUAGCAAGGACCCAUUUGCAGUGUCUCUUUGCCAGAACAAGGCCACAUCAACAUCGGUCCCUCUUGGUGGACGCGAUGGUGGUCAAUCGAUGCUGUCAUAUCUGGUUUGGGGCAAUGAGACGAGAGAAGAGAAGAAGAGGUCUCGAGGGUGGAGACGUUAUCUGCAUCAAGUGCACGAGCUUCCAUCACCUGUCAUACCACAUGCUCGUGACUUGAGACUCCACCUCAUAGACGAGAACCUCAACUUCAAAGAGGUUUUGGGGUGGACCGAAACUUAGGAGCCAUCGUCCGGCUCACGACGUGAAAGAAGCGCUUGUUGGGAGGCAACCCAACCAGUCGGUUUGCAUUUCUUUCUCUUUUUCUCCUCGGUUGAGUCAGUUUUGUUAUUUGAUUUUAGAGUCAAUAAUUCAACCUUUGUGAGAUUUUGUGUGGUGUUUUUGGUCUGACCAUUCUCUCCUCCUGGAAUACGCCGCCUGCCCCGUCCACAAUCAUUCACCCUGGAUCUGGUAACUUCGUUCUACCCUCCUUAUCUUUCCUCCAUUGAGGACAAUGUCGUGCUUAAGUGUGGGGGGAUGUUCGAUUAUGUAUCCGUGUGAAUGUUUGACUGUUUGUGUGCUUGGAGCCUAGUCCACUGUCCAAAUUUCGAUUUGAGGGCUCCAAGUACGUGUUCCUUGCAAUUGCCUGCUCAGUAUGCUUUGAAUUGACAGUCUUUAUUGUAAUAUGCAACCUAGGGAGGUAGUGUAGCACUAUGGAGGAUGUUGAUGCAUUUAAGAAGUCUCAUUUCUUCUUCAUAUUGUGUUGGUUGAUUGAGUGAAUUAGUGAUCUUAGGACCCUUGAAUUGUGUGGUGUUGUGGACUCUCUACCUGUCAUGGACUCUUGUAUCAUGUUUUGAAAUAAAAGGUGCUCGAUAAUGUGCUUUAAAAUAACGUCUCCCGUGCGAAUAGGGCGAAAGUGUGUAAGGGGAGACGGGAAUUCGUUCCCAAUUUCCACCUACUACCUCCAGCCCUCUUACAUUCCUUUUCCCCGCACGAGGCUCGAGACAUUCUCUUCCGGCAUGGCCGGUAAGAGCCGGGUUCCCGCAAAACCUUUGCUAGGUGGGAGCCCCGUUUUCUGAAAAUCAGGUUGGAACCCUUGAAAAAGAAAGAAAAAAAAAGAGAACAAAAGAAAAGGAAAAAAAAGGGGUUCCAACCGUCUUCAAAAAGAAAAUAAGAGCACCUUGAAAAA